UAGACCUCGCAAGUCAGGCAAGAUGGGAGGUGCUCCAUGUGUGACCCCGACGUGCGGCAAGAGCGGCUCACUCAUAUGUCCGACAUGCAAGAAGCUGGGCAUCCCGCCGGCCAUGAGCACAUUCUGCUCGCAGGAGUGCUUCAAGGGUUACUGGUCCUCGCACAAGGCGCUGCACAAGAUGUUCACACAGGCAAUAGCCGAGGAACAGGCCCGCAAUGAGCACGCGUCGCCCUUCGACGGCUUCGAGUUCACGGGUAAACUGCGACCCGGCAAGAUCUCAGAGAUGAGCACCGUACCUGAGCACAUCCAGCGUCCGGACUACGCCGAGACGGGCAUCCCUGUGUCGGAGCAGCAGGCCAGCAAGGCCAUCCCCAUCUACACGCCAGAACAGAUCGCUGGUAUUCGUGAGGCAUGCCGUCUUGGUCGUGAGGUGCUAGACAUUGCCGGUAAGGCGCUACGUCCCGGUAUUACCGGUGAUGAGAUCGACAAAAUCGUGCAUCAAGCCUGCAUGGAACGGGAGUGCUAUCCGUCGCCACUCAAUUACUACCACUUCCCCAAGUCGGUCUGCGUUUCAGUGAACGAGGUUAUUUGCCACGGUAUUCCGGACUCGCGUCCCAUUGAGGACGGAGAUAUUGUCAAUCUGGAUGUGACAGUAUACAAGAAUGGCUACCACGGAGACCUGAACGACACGUUCCUGGUUGGCAACGUGGACGAGGACGGUGUGAGGCUGGUCAAGACGGCGUUUGAGAGUCUGGCGGUGGCCUCCAAGCUCAUUCGUCCUGGCACAAUGUUCCGUGAGCUGGGUAAGCACAUCGCGGCUGUGGCCAAUGCUCAGGACUUCUCGGUUGUCAAGACGUAUUGCGGUCAUGGCAUCGGCUCGCUCUUCCACUGUGCGCCGAAUGUCCCUCACUACGCGAAGAACAAGGCUGUCGGCAUCAUGAAGCCCGGUAUGAUCUUCACCAUCGAGCCUAUGAUCAACAUGGGCACGUGGCGUGACAAAACGUGGCCGGACGACUGGACGGCCGUGACGCAGGAUGGUCAGCGCUCGGCACAGUUCGAACAUACAUUCCUUGUGACUGAGACCGGUUACGAGAUCCUGACUGCUCGCGAGAAUGAACCUGUGAUGGAAUGGGAUCUCGCCAAGGUGCACCGAUCGUAAAUGUUCAUACGAGGAUGCAAGUGGCGAGUGCCGAUACCAUGGCUAGAUGAAAUGAAGCUGCGGGAUGCUUGAGCAUCACGCUUAGGUAGAUGGGAACGUCUUGGUUCAGUACUCAUCGUAAACACAUUUUGAGAUUCAAGAAGAAAAAUGUCGGCCACCGGUAGCAACUUUUUGCAGAGGCAUCGCCACAGAUCGCCGCUUAACCACCACUUUUCAUCCAGGCAUCGCAUUAGCCAUUUGAGAUUGAACUAACAAUUCUUGCUACGAAUACUUGUAGUGGUCUCACGAAUGCGAUCAGGCUGUUGCGGCUGUUAGCAGAACAGCCCCCGUCUCACGUUGGUGUUGCAUUAUCGCCUAGCGAAAUGACAUAUCAUGCCAUUUUUCCGACGGCGGAAUUGGUUCUACAUGUAGUGGCGAUAAAAACAACCAUUCGAAUGCGGCCAGUAGCGCGCGUUUGUUUGGAUUAAGGUGUUCAUCUGUAAGUUGCAAAUUAUCCUGGUUGAGCUAGUGCUAGUACUCAUUUGAAGUAUAUGUACGGAAUCCGCUGAAGCGGGGUUUAGACUUGGCAAUUUGUGAAAGUCAUCGUAGUCUACAGGAUUACAAGCUAAUUGUGGAGAAUGCGCACGUGGCACUCCAACCAUGCCUGGAGCUCUUUUUUCUGCGAGUUCAUCGUAUCAUAAAACAAAUAUCGCAAACCGUGAACUACA